GGCCAUCCUUCCUGCACCUUGCAAACUGUUGAGCAUGUACAACCAACCAAUGUUACACACUUUAACCUACCAUCAUAUCUUAUUUAAAAAUGCACAUUCUUUCUUGCCUUGUGUAUGUGCCUUGUGAAUGGCACAGACUGCAAUCCAGUCAUUUUACCUUGACGUGCCUCUUCCCAUUCAUAUAAACUGUCUGAUAUGGAAUUAAUAGAAUUAACAGGGUAAAUCAAUAAGGGAUGACAGCUUUCAAACCGGAGUGCUGGUUUUGAAAGUGUCAAGAGCAGUGUGUUUAAAAACUCACUUGAUUGGAAUAUCGUUUUGCUUCUUUAUUAAACAUUUUCACAUUGAAUACAGAGUAUUUUCCUGCUCCAAUUUAUAAGUAUACAGAUUUUAGAGACAAACGACAGCAUCAAUUUGAAAAAAAACAUUACAUUGGGCUACCAGAAUAGGUUGCCUAAGUUGCUUUUGUUUGUUUGGAUUGUAUUAAACGUGAUAUGAUUACUAUAUACAAAUAUAUUUAAAGUCCCAAGAUUAUUCUUGGAAUUUUUUGUCAAUCUUUCUUUUAUUAAGGCAUUUGAUUUGAUUUGUGCAGAAUAAAGAAAAGGAGUUGAACGAGAUGUACACAAGAUAGGGAUAUCACAGCAUGUUUUUACAUGCUCCCAGAUAUGACUGCCCAAUUUUUUUAUUAAUUAAGUAGGAUAUAAACACACUAAUGCUUCAAGACUAUGAACAGUUAUGAAGUUUAAACAUGAAAGAAAAAACGGUAAUUAGGUAUGUCUGUAAUCAGACGAUUUAGCUCUGUGAAGGUUACCACUAGUUGCAGAAAUAUAUGUUAAAAGGCGCCCGCAGGCUACAUCACAUAAACUGGCCUGCUAUAUUCUGCUAGUGGCCGGUGAAGCCUUUGCUAAACAAAACAUGUACAUUUGAGCAGUGUAGAUUGCUUACAGCGAUCUCCCUAUACUAUGCCCCCUAUAUCUCUAGGUUUGGCCCGUAGAGUAAACAAAUGCCAUGGGCAGUGGGCCUCGCAGCCAGUCUGCAUGUAAAAUGAAGGUGAGAAGGAGCUGUCGCAACGGGAUGCCAAUCCGUUAGGUCGUGGGUGGGGUGCCCCACCCACCCCAAUCAUAUCGGUGGGCUCGCAGAGCUCUACCAGGACGUCUGCUAGUGCCAUGUCGGUGUGUAGCCUUCCACUCUACACUCCACCUCCUGUAGCUCUUGGACUUGUGUCGCCAGCGUACCAUGCGUCUUCUGCCUGAGGCCUUGGUAGGAGCCCUUGCCACAUGUCCAUUGAUCUCAUCAUCAGGAUCGUGGGCCCAGGGUUCUCCUGGGAUCCGGCUGUCCCCCUGGGUGUAUGCGUGGCAGAUGAUAUUCCUCCAGAAAAGAGCCUAGCUCAGAAGAAGCACGUGCGGCCCAGACCAUUUGCGCAGCAGGGGUUACUGAGUGGUGUGAGUUUUGCAUCUUUCCAAUCCCUGGCUCAGCUGCAGGUCCAGUUAUAGGGUUGUAUUGUUUGCUUGGUGUUGUGGGCAGUCAUUGCAGUGCUGCUCUGGAUUCGAUGCGAGACCAGAAAGCUGUACAUAGCUCAUCAAAGGCUAUCUGGAAAUUGGUUUGCCAGUCCAUUGCAGUCUCCUUCUCAGCUGGUCUGGCCAAUAUGACUGUAUCACGAGAGUGUGCUGCAGGUGCGUGGGCAAUCUCAGCGCUGCUGCAGGUGCGUGUUUGCUUCGCCCCUAGUGGGGACCGGGAUAUCCCCCACGGUCCGGGGGGGGAGGGUAGCUGUUGUACACCCACGGUCCCAGGCUGGAGGAUUGGCCAUUUUCUCCCUCCGUAGGAUCCGCCGGGUGAGUAGGCCGCAGGAACUGAGUAUGUCCGCGGAGCAGCGCAUAUGGCUCCAAACUGUUUUCCGAGGGCACCCCAGCAGUUAGUGGCAGGUCGGUGCCCAUUUGGGUGAGUUUAGGCGAUAUCACCUUGUUUUAUAGCUGUGAACUUUGCAGGCUGUGUGAGGAGGUCAUAUCAAACGCGUAUGUUGGCCAAGUUGGUUAGGAACAUUCUUGGAAUUUUUAGCAGUCAUAGAACUUUAUAGAUGCUGAGGGCCCACCCUAGCAUGGGAAAUGUUUCCCUACAUACAGAGAAGUUGGGAUAUGAAAUGCACUGCCAAGUCUAGAUGAUUUAAUGGAGUCAGCCAAUAACUGAAAAAAGGUUUGAUAACUUUCUAUUAAAUAGAAGUGUUCAGAGUUACAACGGAGUUAAAGCGACACCCAAAGCACCAAAACAACUUUAGUUUAGUGGAGCUGUUUUGGAAUAUAAAUCUUGCAUUGGCAGCCCCUUUGCUCAGUUCUGUGCCAUUUAGGAUUUAAAUCACUUUUUGUUUCUGUUUAAGCAGCCCUGGGCAAGCCUCCCCUGGCUGUGACUCACACAGCUGCCAUAAAAAGUGUUUCACUUUGAAUCAGAUUUUACAGCACAUCAGUGUGUUUACCUUAGAAGUUCUUAUCUUCUUUUUAAUUGAACUUUAAUACACAGGGGAGGCUGAUGUAGGCUCUUUCUGGCAAUUAGCAGAGCAGGGGAUAAGAACAUUUUAAAUGAAACACACUGUGUAAAAGGGGAUAUGAAAUGUUCAGUGAUCCUGAUAACCUAGUUUUAUUUAUUUUAAUGCAUUACCUACAUAAUACCUAAAAUUGGGUCAGCUCCAACCUAUGUACAGUCUCCAUGAAUCCAGUGUAAUAUUUCACUUUUUAAAGCACUGUUGCAAUCCAAUCUGUAACAGAUCUGUACAGCUUUCCCCAAUCCAGUGUUUCUUUUAUUUCUCACUACAAUUCACAAUCUGACGACUCUAUGCCCCUGUUCCUUCUACUUUUGCAGGUACCAUUUACAGAUCUUUUGGAUGCUGCUAAGAGUGUGGUAAGAGCUUUAUUUAUCCGCCAGAAGUACAUGAAUCAGUCUAUGCAGAGUUUCUGUCGUACCACUGCACAACACCUAAAGGAACUUAGCGAAAGGACUCCAGACAGCCCCCUAGAGGAGGAGAAUGCUGACACCCCAGUUGCUGAAAGUAAGACAAACACUGAAGUGUAUUGAGCUGUAUCUCUAUGGAUGUGCAGCAAUUGCUUUAUAUAUUUUAUGAUUUAUAUUAAAGAAAUAAAACUGGGCUUUCAUUGAUAGAAUUAUUUCUAGCACUCACUCUGUGUCUCUCCACAGAUGCCCCUGUACACCCACCUUUCUCAGAGCAUCACCCCUAUGAAGUUUGUGACCCCAGCAAAAUGCCGCAAGAUUUGGGCUUUGGGUUGAAGAUGGUUGAUGGGGUAGUUCACGUGUACACAAAGCGUGAAAUCACUGAUGUGUGAGCAUCCAAUGUACAGCAUUUGUGUCUGGCAUCUGACUUCUCUAAUUAUCAUAAUCGUGUUUCUAUGGGACUGAAAGUUUGUUAUAGUGAAAAAAUGUCUCUUUAGUCUUAUUGACUAAAAGACAUGCGCGUUAUACUAUCCCAGGGUAUAAUGACUAUGCAUUCUUAUAGAUCACCAUAAAGAGACUGAGCAUAGAUACAAGUCUUUUAGUGCACAGAAAUAAUACACACAUGCUAAUUAGGGUCACUUAUCCUGUCCAUUAUGCAAGUUAUUGAAUGAACAGCCCAAGCACCAUAACCACUACAACUCUCAUGGGGUGUUCCAGGUGCCACUCCACUGCAGGGUUUAGCUCAGGAGAGCUAAUGGAAGCUUGUGCUUGGAAGCUUCUGGUCAUUUGGCACUGUGGCCUCGGCUUAUAUAUUAGAGCUCAGUCUCAACUCAACUCAAAAAUAAAUAGAACAUGUUAUAUUCAGCACAGACAGGGAAUAUAUGGAAUUGUCAUCACAUGUCACCUCUUCGUAUCUGUGCAUGUGAGUUAAUGUCUUGUUUUGUUCCAUCUCACUGUUUCAUUGCACUAUAUCUCUCUACAGGAGUACUGAACUGGAUCUUCCAUAUCCAGACCUCCAGGAGUUUGUGGCUGAUAUGAACGUACUGAUGGCUCUGAUAAUAAAUGGUCCCAUGUGAGUAGCAUGGGAACUGUGACUUAAUUUGGGGAGGAAAUCAUGUUGAAGAACGGACUGAGUUAGUUUAAGUUAGGGAGUAGUGCAAUUAAUCAUAAUCUAUUUGUAUUUUUCCAUCUAAUUAUGACAAUUGCCUUUCUUCAUGUCUCUGCUCCCUGUAAUUUAUUCUCUCGUCUGCUUGUGCCAUGUCCAACUUUUCCCCCAUUAUUUCACAUCCAUUUUGUCUUUACACCCUCCGUGUUGCCCUUUUGAUCUUUUUCACUGCCCACAUUAACUCUCAUGUAGUAAGUCGUUCUGCUACCGCCGGCUGCAGUACCUGAGCUCUCGCUACCAGAUGCAUGUUCUCCUCAAUGAGAUGAAGGAGCUGGCAGCUCAGAAGAAAGUGCCUCACAGAGACUUUUACAAUAUUCGCAAGGUACAUAAUAAGCCUGUUUACUUAUACUUGUGGCCUGAUUACCAGUGUACCGUCUUUUUACCUCAGACCUCUCUGCUUUAGGUGGAUACUCACAUACAUGCAGCAUCCUGCAUGAACCAGAAGCAUCUGCUGCGCUUCAUUAAGCGAGCCAUGAAGAAGAAUAGCGAGGAGAUUGUGCAUGUGGAAGGGGGCAAGGAACAGACAUUGCGGCAGGUGUUCCAGAGCAUGAACCUAAGUGCAUACGACCUCAGCGUGGAUACUUUGGACAUGCAUGCAGUAAGUUAGGGGACUUGGGAAAGAGUUCACCCAGCAUAGAACACCAGUGCAGUGAGAACUCCUCAUGAAAUAUGUUUUCUAAAGUUUCACUGAGCACUGUUUCUUCUGUUGGCUUAAUGACAAAACAUUUCACUUCUGAACCGACUUAACUUAGCUGGAACACUGCCUAUGAUUUUGUUUGUCUUUAGUUGGUGGCCUGUGCGAAACUUGAUUUUUUAUCAAUAAAGAAAAGUGCAGUGGUAGAGGAAAUUUGACAUUGGAAAAGGCAGAUGUGGUCCCUAUAUUCAAAAAGGGUUCAAUAACUCUGCCUGGAAAUUAUAGACCUGUGAGCUUACUUUCUGUGACUGGGAAAGAUUUGAAUGGUUAUUAAGGAAUAAUAAUCAGGAAUUUAUUGGGAAUUCAUUAGCAGAAAUCAGCAUGGUUUUAUAAAUUAUGUCAACAUUAUAGAUCAUGUCAAACUACCUUAAAGGGAUACUCUAAGCACCAACUUUAGCUCAAUGGAGCAGUUUUGGUGUAUAACUCAUGCCUCUGCAGUAUCACUAUUCAAUUCUUUGCCAUUUAGGAGAUAAAUCACUUUUGUUUCUGUUUAUGCAGCCCAAAUCACACCUCCUCUGCAUGUGACUUACACAGCCAACAUGAAAAAAAUGUUUCAUUUUCAAUCAGCACAAUGUGUUCACUUUAGAAGUGUGUAUCUCCUGCUCUAGAUGAAGCUCCUACAUGCUCUAGCAGGCUUUUAACACAGCAGGAGCUAUGAAAUUCUAAAUUAAACAAACUAUGCAAGACAGGAAAUUUAAACAUUAGAGAUCUCUUUACAUGAUAUGUGUAGGGAGACUGCCACGGGCUCUAGCAUGCUUUUAUCAGAGCAGGAGCUAAGAAAUGAUAAAUUACACAAACUGUGCAAGAGAGGAAGUUUAAACAUUACAUCUCUCUUUACUUAAAUGGCAGAUGAAAUUUAAUGUAGAUAAAUGUAAAACUAUGCCCUUUGGGGUGAAGAAUGCACAGGAAUCUUAGUUAAAGUUAGUGUUAAUAAAUUAAGAAAAACAACACAUGAUUUAGAAAUAGUUAUAGACAACAAACUUGUCAAUCAGCAGUUGCUAAGGCCGGUAAAGUAUAAAUAUUGUUUUUUCCUCUUUAUAAAUCAAUGGUAAGACCACACCUUUAAUAUGCAGUGCAAUUAUGGGCACUUGUUCUAAAGAAGGAUAUUAUGGCACUAGAAAAAGUGCAGAGGUGGGCUACAAAAUUAAUAAGGGGAAUGGAAGAUUUUAGUUAUAAAGAAAGGCUAACAAAUGGCCAUGCUCAAAUUAGCUUACAUUAUAGGGAGAGUGGGUAAAACAGCACAAGAGGUAAAGAAGGGUAAGAUGUAAUAGAAAAGUAUGUUGCUUGAGGUUUACACUUAGUUUAUUAAGGUAACAAUUGCUGGAGAGAAAGUUGACAUGUGGGGAGGGAAAGCUGUUAAAUAGUUAAAUUAAAUGCCUUCUUGUAUAAGUGAGUUUUUGAAGGAAUGGAGACUGGUUCAGUGUCUAAUGUAGCAAGGAAGGGAAUUCCAUAGGAAUGGUGCAGCCCUACAGAAGUGUUAAAGGUAAUAGCCAGGUGAGAGUCAGAGAUGCGAACAGAAGAAAGACAUAGCUUUUCGGCAGAGCAGAAGGACCUUGAUGGGACAUUCUUUUGCAUUAUUGAGGAUAGUUAGAUAGGAAACAUUCCUAUAUGUAACAUUCCCAUGAAUGCUGUUGCUUUGUGAGAUAUAAUUAAUAUUCAUAAACACUAAUAUUUCCGUACAUUUUUAUGUUUGGCCCUUUGUAGGACAGAAACACAUUCCAUCGAUUUGACAAGUUCAAUGCCAAAUACAAUCCAAUAGGAGAAUCUGUCCUAAGAGAAAUCUUCAUCAAGACGGAUAAUAAAGUGUCUGGGAAAUACUUCGCUCAUAUCAUUAAGGUGACAUCUGCCACUACUCAGAAUUGUCUCAUACAGGGGAAUUAACAUCCAAUUGCAUGGACCUUUAAUUUAAAUGUGAUUGGAAGUAACAGCUGUUGCAGUACUGGAAAUAAAAUUGCAGUACCAUUCUGUUUACAGAGUUGAAAGUCCUGUUGGAACUUUCACAGCUAAAAUUGACGUCAACAAGGCCAGAUGGGAGACAUGCAGAGAUUGGCAGAGCCAAAGUUGUGUUCACCCCAUUAUUUUUAGAACCACUAUACCAAUUACUUUUACUGCUUGUUGAAUGAAAGCCUAAAAGAGAGACUGCCAGUACUACAUUGCAAGAAUACAUUAAUUGCCUAUUGUGCAAAAAUAUCUUUCAGAUCUUUCCCUUUUGUUUGCAUGCUCCUAUAUGCGUGUUGUUUAGCAAAUAAUAUUAAUAAAGUGCACCUUAGCUUCACUUUUUUUUUUUUUUUUAACUCACCAAACUAGCUUGGAUUGUAGCCAGCUGAAAUCCAAUGGCAACAUUUAAGCUAAAACAGCGAAGCUGUGUCGGUAGCUGAAAUUUUGUUUUUUUCCAGAAUAUUAAUUUUAGCUUUUAUUUUCCCAUUUGCUUCCAUUUGGAGUUUAACCUCCCUGGUGAUCUGAUUAUGUCUGUAUUUUUUAAUGUUAAAGCGGGACAUUGUUUUUACAAUGUAUAGUGUGUGUUUUUUUACACCAGGGUCUCGUAGGGACAAGAUAAGUGAUACUACAGUUUAAUCCCAAGCAUGGCUCGCGGUUACCGCUUUUGAUACUAAAAAAUUAACCCCGAGCCAUGCUCGGGUUUAUCGCCAGGGAGGUUAAUGAAUGAACCCUAAAUUGUAAAUUUGUACCCUAAAGAUUUACAUUUCCUUUACAUACCAACGCAAUGUUUUCAAAAGUGAAUGAAAGGCGUUUAUCUGUUAAAGAGCUUGAAACAAAUAAUAUAAGCCAAAAGGACUCCCACAAACUUUCUCUGAGUCCUCCCCUUUCACAUUUAACGCUGCUUUUAAAUAUACAGUAAAUGAAAAAAAAUGAGUGCUUGCCUGGCCCUAUUCAUGUUUUAAAUGUGUAUCCUGUUAUGGCAGAUCUGUUCUAUUGAAUCAUCUUACAGAUUAGAAAUGAGAAUAGAGCAUGCAUCUUAAUAAGUUUAUGCCCUUUGUUCCAAAAAGCAAAACCUUGGUUGUAUUAGCCCUUGUUUUAGUUUGCCAUAUAAGGGGUUGUAUGUCCAUCUCUAUUGACCCGGUUAUCAAUGCUUUUUGCCUUGUGUAGGAAGUGAUGGCUGAUCUGGAAGAAAGCAAGUAUCAGAACGCCGAGCUGCGUCUCUCCAUCUAUGGGCGGUCUCGGAAUGAGUGGGAUGCAUUGGCUUGUUGGGCAGUCAACCAUAAAGUGCAUUCUAACAAUGUGCGAUGGCUUGUGCAGAUUCCCAGACUCUAGUGAGUAUUUCUGUGGAAUAGUAUUUAUUUUUUAACAUUAUAUUAACAAUACAGAUAAAUGCUAUCUUCGUCCUCCCUUUAUCCUGCUGUCUAAAACAGACUAUCAGUGUAAGUAACAAAUGGGCACAUAAAAAAUAUAAGAGUAGUGAACUUCGACCCUGACUGAAGCCCUUAUCAAGCUGAAAAAACAUUGCCAUUAUACAUGUGGUGUAUUCGCAAACUAUAUAAAUUAUGUACGCAUACACAUAUUAACGCUGGUCUGUCUACUUUAACAAAUAUUUAUUCAGAGACAAAACAACAACAUCAUACAAAUAAUGACACACAAUCUAACUAACGAUACCAACAACAACCACAAAUGAACUAACUAACAAUAACAACUAAACCUUAUGAAGUCAUCAGAUCACACUCACAUUUCACCAUGAUAAAAAUUAGCCCAGGUCUGCUCACGUGCCUGCUCAGUAGCACAGCCAAGAAGGAACAGAGAAGAAAUGAGAUAGGGGGAAGUGGUCAUUUAUUUACUGACUUGUAAAAGUAUUGGAUUACCUAAUUACCAUAUCAAAGAGUAAAGCUUAUCCCCCUGUAAUAAAGGCAUAAAUGAGCUUGGUCACAUGACCACUGGCCACCAUAUUAGUUUGAUGACAGAAUGUCACCACAGUACCCUAGGUAUAUCAUGUUAUCUAGCCAUAUAUUUCUUGUGUGGCAGUUAUUAUGUACUUUUGGGUUCUUUACAGUGUGGGUGCUACUCUUUUCCAGGCAGCUGUUGCUUGCUAAAAUGCAACAUUAUUAGAAAGUAGCAGCUCCAUUUAUUAAAGGGCCAGACUUAAAACUAAUGUAAAUAUAUACUCCACCACCAAGACUCAUCACACACACAGAGAGAGAAAGGAAAGAGAAAAAAAAAAGUUCUUUAUUUACAAGGUACAUAAUACAUGCCAGAGAAAGAUGGAGAAACCCCAUGUAGGAAUCAGCGAGAGAGAGUUUUUGUCAUUUCACUUGAAAUUGAUCUAUGUGUUAUUAUUUUUUUUCUGUAAUAUUUUUGUACUAUUUUGUAAAAAUGUAAUGCUCACAAGGGCAUGUAGUUCAAAUAUACUGCAGACGGCAGUAAACACACCGAGUUAUGCCUUUAUACUAAUGCUCAAGCAACAGUCAUAUAUAUGAAAGUUCUAAUCCCUCAAAGUUAUUUGUACCUGUAAGUUUAAUUUAACACUCUUUGUAUAUGCUGUUAUUGAAUGUACAGCGGACUGCGCUCUGACUGAUUUGUGUUCGUCGUGUGAUAUCUCUUUAAUGAUGAGGCGACUAUGUAUGAAAACAAACCUUAAUAAACACUCACGUUUGCAAAAAAAAAAAGAGAAAGUAGCAGCUGUUUAGUAUCGGCAUAAUUUCUUAAAUAGCAUCAGUCGCUUACUGACUACCAUUGUUGAAAAUCAGUCACUGACUACUGACCACAAGUAGUGGUCAAUGUCUACCAAUAUUCUUUAUGGGAGCCACUAACCACUACUAAGCAACUGGUUUGCAACUGGUUUUCAACCCUGUGUCGAUUCAUUACGAGCUGCCGUUUAUAUUAAAAAAUUUACCCCGGCCUUAGGCCUAAUGGAAAAAAGUUUACAACAGCUAAAUUCCACUAUAUCCUAUAACUAAAUAUGUGUUAGUUAUAUGUCAUUGAAACCCUAUAGCACAUAUUAAACCGUAUUAAAGAGCAGUAAAAUAAAUGGAAAUGCCUGACAUUUGGUGUAAAAAAUUAAAUUAGUCUUUCUAUAAUUAAAAAUUGCAUAUGUCAUUUAAAUGAACAGUCCCCAUUGCAAAAAAUGCAUCUAAAAAGCUCCAUAGCUAUAUAUCUGGCGUAGCUCAAUAUCACAGUUCAAUACAUUGCAUACACUGUCGCUGUCUCCUGCUUAGGCUAAUCAAAGAGUGAAGUGCACACUCUCAUUGCGAGCCUUUUUUUUUUACCGUCAUGGUAAUCAUUUACCGUCGUAAUUACUAUGGUGACAAUUUACACAUCAUAUGUUCCUAUGUUUUACCGGCGCACCAAGUGGCUAGUCAGCGAGUGUUUGAAAUCUUUGUAAGCAGAAAUUAUUGUCGGUCAGCAAAUAAAAAGUAGCAAGAAGGUUGAAAACCUGUCAGUAAAUAGCAGCCACUACUAAAUACUGUUAACUGAUGUGGUUAAGUAGGAACAGCAGCUUGUGAUUGGCAAGAUUGAAAAUGGAUUUGGCUGCUCUGACCAUGAUGCACCAGUUUCCUGCGUGGGGUGCUCUAUCGUUUAUUUUAAAUAAGUACAUUGUAUCUUUCAGUAGGGUGCUUAAUGAAGCAGUUUUGGUGUAUAGAACAUGCCCCUGCAGCCUCACUGCUCAAUCCUCUGCCAUUUAGGAGUUAAAUCCCUUUGUUUAUGAACCCUAGUCACACCUCCCUGCAUGUGACUUGCACAACCUUCCAUAAACACUUCCUGUAAAGAGAGCCCUAUUUAGGCUUUCUUUAUUGCAAGUUCUGUUUAAUUAAGAUUUUCUUAUCCCCUGCUAUGUUAAUAGCUUGCUAGACCCUGCAAGAGCCUCCUAUAUGUGAUUAAAGUUCAAUUUAGAGAUUGAGAUACAAUUAUUUAAGGUAAAUUAGAUCUGUUUGAAAGUGAAACCAGUUUUUUUUUAAUGCAGGCUCUGUCAAUCAUAGCCAGGGGAGGUGUGGCUAGGGCUGCAUAAACAGAAACAAAGUGAUUUAACUCCUAAAUGGCAGUGAAUUGAGCAGUGAAAUUGCAGGGGAAUGAUCUAUACACGAAAACUGCUUUAUUUAGCUAAAGUAAUUUAGGUGACUAUAGUGUUCCUUUAAAUUUAAUGGGGUUUCUGCAAUCGGAUAGAUUAGCAUAUAAUAGCAAUAUUUUUAUUACUCUGCUGUUUUUGUCUCCAUCAGUGAUGUGUUUCGUUGCAAGAAGCAAAUCAAUCAUUUUCAGGAAAUACUACAAAAUAUUUUCCUUCCUCUGUUUGAAGCAACUGUGAACCCAGCAAGUCAUCCUGAAUUGCACCUCUUUCUGGAACAUGUGAGUACUGAAAUGCAAUCCUGAAUUCAUUUGCCUUGUUGAGCCAGGGGUGGAUUAAAUAUAGAUAGCUAAAACAAGCAAAUACAAGUCUAAAUGUUGUGCCUAGCGUCUGGUCCAUGUUUGAUAGUGAGUUCAUUCAUCUUGUUUAUAAUAAUGAUAGUAAAGUAAGAUAAAAGUGAUUAGAUUUUUGGAAUAACUUUGUUGUGUUUUGUGUGUAGAUUCUCAUCUCAGUUGCUUAUUGGUAAAAUAUUCCUCUGUCGCCCCCAGGUGGAUGGGUUUGAUAGUGUAGAUGAUGAAUCAAAGCCAGAACAACAUAUCUUCAAUAUGGAAAGUCCACUGCCUGAGAACUGGAAGGAAGAGGAUAACCCCCCGUAUUCAUAUUACCUAUACUAUAUGUAUGCCAACAUGACUGUGCUCAACCAUCUACGAAGGUAUACAUUUAUCUAUGCUAAUAUCUAUCUAUUAUUAUGGUUAUUAUUAUAGAAACAUAGAAACAUAGAAUGUGACGGCAGAUAAGAACCAUUCGGCCCAUCUAGUCUGCCCAAUUUUCUAAAUACUUUAAUUAGUCCCUAGCCUUAUCUUAUAGUUAGGAUAGCCUUAUGCCUAUCCCACACAUGCUUAAACUCCUUUAUUGUGUUAACCUCUACCACUUGAGCUGGAAGGCUAUUCCAUGCAUCCACUACCCUCUCAGUAAAGUAAUACUUCCUGAUAUUAUUUUUAAACCUUUGUCCCUCUAAUUUAAGACUGUGUCCUCUUGUUGUGGUAGUUUAUAUAGCGCCAACAGAUUUUGUAGCGCUUUACAAUAUUAUGAGAUGGGGUAUUUAACUAUAAAUAGGACAAUUACAAGAAAACUUACAGGAACGAUAGGUUUUUACCCUGCUCAAACAAGCUUACAGUCUAUUGGAGGUGGAGUGUAAAACACAUUAGGACAGGAAAUAGCAAUCAAAAUAGGUGGGAGUGAAGCAGAGCUGGAGGAAAGAGUCAAUUGCUGCCUUUUACGAGAGAGCAAGAGACAGGUAUGUAAGGUAGAGGUUACUCUGGGAGGCCAUAAGCUUUCCUAAAGAGAUGCAUUUUAAGGCACUUCUGAUGGCGGUAAGCAGGCUAUUCCAUAGGAAAAGAGCCGCCCGCGAGAAGUCCUGCAAGGGUGAGUUGGCCGUACGAGUGCGAGCAGCAGACAGGAGAAGUUCACGGGCAGAGUGGAGAGACCGAGAAGGAGCAUACGUAUGGAUCUGUGAUGAGAUAAAAGUGGGGCUAGAAUUGUUCAGUGCUUUAUAGGUUUUUGAUUAGCACUUUGAAUUGACUCCUAUAGAAUACAGGAAGCCAAUGUAAGGACUGACAGAGGGGUGAGGUGUGAGAGCACUGACUAGACAGGAAAAUCAGUCUGGCGGCAGCAUUCAUUACAGACUGUAGCUGGGCAAUACGGCUUUUGGGAAGACCAAUUAGGAGAGGGUUACAAUAAUUCAUGCGGGAAAUUACUAGAGCAUGGACAAGCUCCUUGGUAGCAUCUUGCGUAAGAAAGGAGUAGACACAGGCUAUGUUUUUAAGAUCGAAUUUACAGGAUUUGGCAACAUACUGAAUGCGAGGCACAAAGGUGAGGCCAGAAUCAAGUAAGAUGUCUAUCUAUCUGUCUAUCUAUUUUUGUAGCAUAUAAUAAAUAAGUUUAAAUAGGAAAUAUUUCUGUGUGUGUGAGAGCCUCCCGUUAAAAUAUGUAUGUAAACUUGGCUGUUAAUGAUAAGAGCUAUAGACCACUAAGUCUAAAUUCUGCUUAACAUAAAGCCUCCUCUUAUACUAAAACCUCUACCCUAAUCUUAACCUUAGCAUUAUCAUUUGCUGUAAAGACAUGGCACUUUUACUAGUACAACACCAUUUCAGAGUUAUUAAAACAACAGUAUUUAAAAAACAGCUGCUUCAUGUGUAUUGCUUAUUGCUUACAUACCGAUCUUAAUUUGCUGCUACAAAUUUAGACCUUGCAGAAUAUCUUCAUAUGUAUGAAUAAGCAAACAGACAGCAGUUUAACCUUCUAUAUAUUUAUCGUACUCACCUCAGGAGUUUACUGAUUACUAAAUGUUCCUAGCAAUGUUUACAUACCGCAAAAAAAACUAUCUAGUAUAUAAAAUGAGAAGUAAGAAAAUGUACAUAGAAAGUGUAUGCUGGUUUUAGAGUAAACUCAUGCAUUUAUUUCAGCUAGUUUAUCCUCCUUUUGUCAUAUUCUCAUAUUCACAGGCAGCGUGGAUUUCACACUUUUGUAUUGCGCCCACAUUGUGGUGAAGCAGGGCCUGUUCAUCACUUGGUUACUGGAUUCAUGCUGUCACAGAAUAUCUCCCACGGACUCCUGCUACGCAAGGUGACACUGUCCCCACUGUUAACCCAUAGACUAUGAAAGAGCAUACUAACAUACUAAGAUCCACGCUGAAUGUCCCUGGCACUGCAAAAUGAUACCUAGAUAUCUUUAGUCUUGAACAUAUGUAUAUUUUUUAGAAGCACAUUCCAAUUCUUCCUUUCUCCUCUGUGACAUUACACACUGAUCAGUCUAUUCCUCCUGAUAUUAUAUUUCUAUUGCUUAACAGGCUAUGGAUGAUAUAACUAUAAAGCAAGACAAAAUGAGAAUAUUUUUACUGUGUUUGGAAGCCUAGUCUCAUUCAAAUUCUAAGUACGUCACUGUAUCCUCACGAAUGUCUGUAGUAAAUCCCCCAUUCUACUGCUGCCUUUUAUACUAUUUCUACUAUUAUUAUUUUAGUUUAGUGGAGUGUCCUUUGAAGGCCAAAGUAGCUGAACUGGAACCACAGCUGAUCUAUACAAUGUUUCAAGUUCAGCUAAUUUGGCCUUGAAUUUAAAACUCAUUUUUAAUACACUUUGAAUUCUUGACACUUCUCACUUUAGUAAGUAUCAAUGCCUGUAUCUGUGUUUGAAACAUCUUUAUUUUUAUCCACACAGACAUGGCAGGCUUAGUUAGAAUCUUACAUUUUCUUUCUACUCACUUUAGCCAUACUGUCAAUCUUGUUUUUACAGAACACCACAGAGUCUCAUGUAUUCCUUUCUGUGUUUUUUUUACAGGCUCCGGUGUUACAGUACCUUUACUACUUGGCACAGAUUGGCAUUGCUAUGUCUCCACUCAGUAACAAUAGUCUGUUCCUUAGUUAUCACCGGAAUCCACUGCCAGAUUUCCUGUCUCGAGGUCUCAUUGUGUCCCUAUCAACAGAUGAUCCGCUGCAAUUUCACUUUACAAAGGUGCCUUAAGGAGAGGGUUCUCCAAUGAUUUACAGUUUGGUGUAGGGAAAACAGAAUGCAUGCUUUAUAAUAUCUAAAACUGUAGUUUGUAAAUUCCUGUGUCAAUAUAAUGGUCUGUAGGUAAACUGCAUUCUCUUCUGCAGGAGCCGUUGAUGGAAGAAUACAGCAUUGCUACCCAAGUCUGGAAGCUGAGCUCAUGUGACAUGUGUGAACUCGCAAGGAACAGCGUUUUAAUGAGUGGUUUCCCACACAAGGUAACGUUCAGACACUAACUGCCGACAUGCACACCACCUUGCACUCAAACUGGUCUAGAAACAAACAAACAAAGUAUAUGUAAGCGGGAGUUUUACUAGAUAAUCUUAUUUCAUCAUGAUUAAGGUGCUGCGCUGGCAUUUCUUAUUUGAGAAUGGUUUUUAUUUCCGUUUUUUCACACACAAACCACAGGCAGAGUUAUCCACUAAACUUUGAAUGGUGAGGAAUUCAAAGUGAAUUUAAAAAGCCAGGCUAAAAUAGUCAAAGUGAAAGCAUAACUGACUGACAUUUCUUACAGUUUGAUUACGUUCACCUAAGAUGUAAAAAUUCACUCCCAGAUUCGAAUAAGGUAACAGUGUUACAAAAGAGGGUAAAAAAAAUCAUGAAAACAGACAGUGUAUUGAAACAGAAGAGUGUGAGAUGAUACAUUCCCUUCUUCCCAUUUAAUUCAAUAGCCUGACAUUCAACUCAUUGUUACAGGGUUGUCUGUAGCUCUAAUCCCUGGUGACACUCUGAACUUUUGUUAAAUUGCUGGUGGAUGGUUAGGGCAUACUGGCACAGCACCAGAGUAAUGAAAUCCUGGGUGUCUCCUAGUGCUGCAUUUUGGCAUUUAUGUAUGUACCAGAAUAUUUCACUCUGGUAAAAUGGCUGUUUACCAGCCAUUGUAUUGUAGGUUCUGGAAGCUUUCACCUGGGUUGUCGUCAAAACGCUUAUGAAAACAUGUGUACCUGGAAUUGUCUCGGAGCAGAAAUGGUACACACUAUAGAAGAGUUCAAGAAUAAUUAAGAUUAUUAGGAUAGGAAAUAGGAAAAUGUGUUAUUUCAUUCCAUGUUUCUGUCAGAUUACCAUUUUAUGCCAUAAUAGACACUUUCAUUAACAUUAAAGGACCACUCUAGGCACCCAGACCACUUCAGCUUAAUGAAGUGGUCUGGGUGCCAGGUCCUUCUAGGGUUAACCCAUUUUUUCAUAAACAUAGCAGUUUCAGAGAAACUGCUAUGUUUGUGAAUGGGUUAAGCCUUCCCCUAUUUCCUCUAGUGGCUGUCUCAUUGACAGCCACUAGAGGCGCUUGCGUGCUUCUCACUGUGAUUUUCACAGUGAGAGCACGCCAGCGUCCAUAGGAAAGCAUUAUGAAUGCGUACCUAUGUGACCGGCUGAAUGCGUGCGCAGCUCUUGCCGCACGUGCGCAUUCAGCCGACGGGGAGGAGGAGAGCUCCCCGCCCAGCGCUGGAAAAAGGUAAGUGUUUAACCCCUUCCCCCUUUCCAGAGCCGGGCGGGAGGGGGUCCCUGAGGGUGGGGGCACCCUCCGGGCACUAUAGUGCCAGGAAAGGCACUAUAGUGGUCCUUUAAAGGGACACUACAGGCACCAAAUCAACUUUAGCUUUGUGAAGCAGUUUUUGCAUAUAAAUCAUGCCACUGUAGUCUCACCCCUCGAUUCUCUGUCAUUUACAAGUUAAAUCACUUUUGUUUCUGUUUAUACAGCCCUAGCUACACCUCUCUUGGCAGUGACUCACAGUCUGCAUGAAAAAAAAUUGGUUUAAUUUUGAAUUAGAUAUUAACUUGCUUUACAAGUUUUUAUCUACUGCUCUGUAAAUUUAACUUUAAUCACACACAGGAGGCUUCUGCAGAGAUAAGACAAUCUAAAUUAAACAGAAUACACAAUAAAAAAAGUUUAAACUUUAGAUGAUUCUUUACAGGAAGUGGUAGGAAGGCUCUGCAAGUCACUUGCAGGGAGGUGUGACUGGCUGUAUAAAUAAAGGGAUUUCAUUUCUAAUUUGCAGGGAAUUAGCAGUGAGCAUACAUGGGCAUGAUUUAUACACUGAAACUGCUUAAUUAAGCUAAAGUUGAAUUGGUGCCUAUAGUGUCCCUUUUUAACAGUUUGUAGCUAAAAACGAAUUGGUUUCCACCUCAUUCAUUAAUGUAAAAUGCCUAACUAGCCAUUUUCUUCUGUGUAGGUAAAAAGUUACUGGCUGGGUCCAAAUUACCUAUGUGAAGGUCCGGAAGGAAAUGACAUCCGCAGAACCAAUGUUCCUGACAUACGAGUUGGCUUUCGAUAUGAAACUUUGUGUGAAGAACUGAUGCUCAUCACCCAGGCCCUGCAGAGCGAUGAACUGGAGCCCAUCCCUGAAGAGAUCCUGUGCAUGCGUGGAGGAUCACGUGGAAACAUAACAAAAGAGGAGACCUCUACUUUGGAGAAUGAGAAGAGCAGACCUUGAUCAUAGAAAGAGUGGCGGAAGAGGGAUGGAAGGUGUAGGAGAAGGAGGUGACCCUGAGCACUGUUGGAAAGCAAGAAACUCUGAGAAGGGGGUAGCAGUACUAGGGUAAAGACUUUAAACGUAUACGGGCAUUUUAGGUAAAACAAAACAAAAACAAAAGUUUGAGAUAUAAAAGAAAGUCCUAAUCCAAGAAAACAGAUACAUUAAUAAUGGACAAGAUAAAUUGUAUUUCUGUGGUAAAAGGGUGUGAGAUGACCACAUAAAAAAUGGAAGGGGGUUACUUAAAACUGGACACUUUACAUUAUUGAAGCAACAGGAAAAUUCUCGAUGACAACACAAACAUUCAAUAUUAAAUGUUGGAUAAUAUAAAUGUGACAAAAGGUUAUGUGGUCAUGGAGGGGACACGGAUAAGAUGAAUUAGAAGAAUUAGCAAGGAACCUUUAAAGGGAUUUUAUCACCUCACUAUCAGCAAUGUUUCAUGUGGAAUGGUAACAUUUUAUCACUUCACUAUUAGCAAUGUUAAAUGUGAUAUGGUAAACAACUCACCAUGGCUUCCUCAGGUAUCACGAUACCUACAGGAUCAUAAUACACUCUAAAAAGGCUCCUUUAUAUGUAGCCUUUACUUGAGUGUUCUAGCAGAGAUGGGUGUCACUGUGUGAAUAUGACAGCCCCCCAUUGCUCCUUGUGAACAUCUGUGCAUACUGUUCUAUGUAGAAUUCUGUGUAUCUUCAAGGAAAGGCAGUAGAUCAGUAAAGGGAGAAGUAAGUAUAUGGCUGUUAUGAACAGUACAGCAUGCCACAGUUGUUCACAGAAACAAUCACCAUUUUUAUCUAAAUCACUGUAGUUGAUGAUUUUAUAUAAUAUAUCAGUGUUCUUUCUUGAAGAUGUCCCUUUAGGAGGAGUGAUGUGGCAUUAGUACUGAGAUGUGACCCUGAUCUAGUGUAGGAUUGUCACUGCAACCUUAAAACCUGUAAUGUCACUGCACUGCAUGUAGAUAGAAUGAACAUAUUACCCAUUAUUUUUUUCCUAGAGUGAAAUGCCUUGUAGUCUCUUGUUGCCCUCCAUUCAAAGGCAAAGGUAUCCUAAUCAGACAUAUCUGCAUGAAUAAGAUGCACUAUGGGUUGUAUAGCAAUGCCAACCAUCAGGGGAAUGUUUUGGAAUCAAAUACAUGCCAGUACGUGUCUGUGAACCAUCACCAUGUCCUGCAGACUGAUAGUUCGUUUACUGAGCCCAUCACAUUAGGACGGAUUCUGGUAAACUUAACCUAAAAACAUAAGCAGAUCAGGCUCAUUUUCAAAAAAAAGGUUUCUGUUUAAUUCAGACACAAAUAUAAAAGGAGUGUGGAUACUGACUAUAAUGUGAUGGUAUAGAGAAUGAAUCAUAUGGACUAUUGUUAAAUAAUUAAUUGUUAGGGCUCAUUGGUACACAGGGUGUGCAAGAAUGGAGACUACUAUACAGAUAGAUGGGUUAUGGUAAAAUGGUACAAAGUCUUUGCUGAGAAGAACAUAUCUCUAGUUUCUACGUGUUUUGUUUGCUGUGGUUUUGGUUUACUUGUUUGCAAUUUGAUUUCCUGUUGUUUUCUUUAUGUCUAUAUUCAGUAUGUGUGUCAAAAAAAAAAAAAGAAUGACUUGUGUUUAAAAAUUGGGGGCUGCCAUUGGCACUGUACUGGAGCUAAUAUUCUGGUAAGCACAUGUUUUGUGAUACCAUGCAGAUGUAGAUAUAUUUAGUUUCAUAAUUUUGCAUGCUGUCACUGUCUUUGUUUAACUGGCUUUGUCUUUAUCCAAUUUCCAUGAGUAUCCUCUUUCAGAAGUGCUGCUACAUGUGACAUGCCAGAUCACUGAUGUGCAUGACAAUAAAUAUAUAAAUAUAUUUCAAUAAAACCUUGGAUCCAGCUUGUUGAGCCUUGUAAUAGUGAGUUAUAGAUGCAGAUGUUUUGCUUAUUAUGACAUGUUCUGCGUUUUUUUAUCCUCAAUUUAUUACAAUGUUUUAAAAGUC